AUGGGUCUCACAUUCUCGCGUCUGUUCGACCGUCUCUGGGGAAAGAAGGAGAUGAGAAUUCUCAUGGUCGGUCUCGAUGCCGCCGGAAAGACCACCAUCCUCUACAAGCUGAAGCUCGGUGAAAUCGUUACCACUAUCCCCACAAUUGGUUUCAACGUCGAGACUGUCGAGUACAAGAACAUUCAGUUCACCGUCUGGGAUGUCGGCGGUCAGGACAAGAUCCGUCCUCUCUGGAGACAUUACUUCCAGAACACUCAGGGUAUCAUCUUCGUCGUCGACAGCAACGAUCGUGACCGUGUUGUCGAAGCUCGUGAGGAGCUGCAGCGCAUGCUCAACGAGGACGAGCUCAGAGAUGCUCUCCUCCUGGUCUUCGCCAACAAGCAGGAUCUUCCUAACGCCAUGAACGCUGCCGAGAUCACUGACAAGCUUGGUCUGCACAGCUUGAGACAGCGCGCCUGGGGUCUGGAAUGGUUGAGCAACUCGCUCCGCAAGGCUGGUCACCAGUAG